AAAACGUUGGAUAUGACAAAAAAUUCCAGAGUCCGUUCGCCGAGAAUCUGAAUGCCAAAGUGCGAAUCUCAACCAACGUAAAAGUUCACUGGCAUUCGGUAUAAAUGAUGCGAAAUUCAGUGGUUUGUGGAACAUUUAGUGGGCAUGUUACUGCUGUUUAUAUCAUACGCUAUUCUGGUUUUCGUCAACAGUUUCCAAGACGCCCAGUGUGAAGAACUUGAAGAUGUAGGACUGCGAGAACAUGUACACUCAAUUACUGGAGCACGAUGGAUAUCUAGAAGACUAUUCGAAUCUGACGGCCUAAUUCACACUUUCGGGGCCAAGAGGGAAACUGCAGUACAAAAAGCGCAGAGGCCAACAGUCAAGCAUGUGGGUUUUGAUGAUACGCGCAUCCCAAAAAACUUUGAUGCACGGAAAGCCUGGCCACAUUGCUCUUCCAUCAGUGAGAUCAGAGAUCAAUCCAGCCAGUGA